CGGGAUGGCGCACGCGCGCAAAGGCCUCGGCCGCUAGCCGAGCGUAAACAAGGCGCCGCUGAGGAAAAGGGAGAUGAGGAGGAGACGGCCGGAGAAGAAGAAGAUGAUGAUGAUGAUGAUGAUGAUGAGCCGGGCCGGGCGCCUUCGAGGCUGAGCCUCGCCGUCCUUGCUUGCGCUCCCCACCCACCGGGCGAAGGACGAGGCCGCCAUGAACUUAGCCAGCCAGAGCGGCGAGGCCGGCUCCGGCCAACUGCUCUUCGCCAACUUCAACCAGGACAACACGUCCUUGGCCGUUGGCAGCGUGUUGGGCUACAAAUUUUUCUCUCUCUCUUCGGUGGAUAAACUGGAGCAGAUCUACGAGUGCAAUGACACCGAAGACGUGUGCAUCGUGGAACGGCUCUUUUCCAGCAGCCUGGUAGCCAUCGUGAGCCUCCGGGCGCCUCGCAAGCUGAAAGUCUGCCACUUCAAGAAAGGGACGGAGAUCUGCAACUACAGCUACUCCAACACGAUCCUGGCCGUCAAGCUGAACAGGCAGAGAUUGAUUGUCUGCCUAGAAGAGUCUCUGUACAUACAUAACAUUCGGGAUAUGAAGGUGUUGCACACCAUCAGGGAGACGCCCCCGAAUCCUGCGGGAUUGUGUUCCCUGUCCAUAAACAACGAUAACUGUUACCUGGCCUAUCCGGGGAGCGCGACCAUUGGCGAAGUCCAAGUCUUCGACACCAUCAACCUGAGGGCUACCAACAUGAUCCCCGCUCACGAUAGUCCGCUGGCCGCCCUGGCAUUUGACGCGAGCGGUACGAAGCUAGCCACCGCCUCGGAAAAGGGCACGGUGAUCCGGGUGUUUUCCAUUCCAGAGGGGCAGAAGCUCUUCGAAUUCCGAAGGGGCAUGAAAAGGUGCGUCAGCAUCUCUUCCCUGGCCUUCAGCAUGGACGGCAUGUUCCUGUCGGCUUCCAGUAACACGGAGACGGUGCACAUUUUCAAACUGGAGACUGUGAAAGAGAAACCUCAGGAGGAACCGACAACCUGGACGGGGUACUUUGUGGAGACCAUUCGGACGUUCCCAAACUACCUGCCCGCCCAGGUGACCGAAAUGUUCAACCAAGGCCGAGCCUUUGCAACGGUCCGGCUCCCCUUCUGUGGGCACAGAAACAUCUGCGCCUUGGCCACAAUUCAGAAAAUUCCCCGACUGUUGGUAGCAGCUGCCGAUGGGUAUCUCUACAUGUACAAUUUGGACCCUCAGGAAGGGGGUGAAUGCACACUGAUGAAACAGCACAA